AUGGACUCCUCACCGCUCCUCGCAGGCGUUCUCCAACGCAACUACGACCGCGCGAACAUGGGCGCCCCCAUGCCCGCUCCACCAAUCAUGUCUACGACCUCUCCUCAAAACAGGCCAAAGUCAACCCCAGCAUACCCAUCAUCGAACCACCUCAUCUCCGCCCGCUCCACCCUCCUCAAACUCCGAAGCAAUCUCCCUGGAUACGCCCGCCUCCCACCAACGAAGAAAUUCCGCCACGCCCGCAAGAUAGAAGCGCUUGGCACCCAGAUUGACCUCGAUUAUCAGCUCCUUCCCCACCUUAGCAAGAAGGAUUGGUCAAGGAGAGCGAUCAUGGCGCCCCGAGAUGCAAGUCGGAUCCGUAAGAUGAGGAAAGGACUAGGGGCAUGCGGGAGGAAGAAGGCGGGGAAGAAGCUGAGCCGAGAGUUGGCGAGGAAGAUGCGGGAGAGAGAUCCGAUCAUAGGUGGGGAUGAAGGGGUGAUGUGGAUUAACAGAGGGAGGACGAAACGCAGCUCCAGGCUGGGAUGUGUUGAGAGUGUCGGCGGUGUGGUGGAGAUGAUGAACGGUAUGAAGGGGGAAUCCCAAUGGAGGGCGUUAGAGAUGCAAGAGCUAGAAGCACGAUUCUGGGGCGGAUAUGUGAGGCUCGGUGAGGCUGUGUUGGAGGCGGAACCGGAGUGGGAGAGGGAACUGAGAGGGGACCUUGAUCGGGACGCAUUUGAGGCGUUCUUAGAGUCGGAUGAGCAGGAAUGGGGCGGGGAACCGAGGAGUGAGUAUAGUUGGCAAGGAUUUGCUGCCUUUCUGGAGAAUCGAAUUCGGGAAUAG